AUGGACCCCACUCACCACCUUCCUCUCCAAAUCCUCAGAUCCGACCCGACUCCUCCCGCCCCUAACCGAUCCGACCCGCUCGGAUCCGCCGUCGAUUGGCUCCCGGACUUCCUCGACCUCUCAUGGCUCGCCUACGGCGCCUCCUCCCUCCUCGUUGUCUCCCACUUCCCUUCCCCUCUCUCCGAAAACGAAACCGCCAUCGGUCCCAUUUUCCGGCAGGUUUUCGAGCUCUCCGGCGACCCCUCGGCGGCAGUUAAAGCAGUGUCGUGGUCGCCGGUGACGCCGUCGCUUGGUGAGGUCGCUGCCGCGGCUGAGAAUUGCGUUUGGGUGUUUUCGCAUGAUUCGGGGAGCUCCAAAGGUUCUUUUUGUUGGAGCCAGAAUGCAGUACUUGUACACUCUGCAAAGGUGGAGGCAAUUGGAUGGACGGGAUCAGGGGAUGGAAUUAUUGCCAGUGGCAUUGAGGUGGUUUUGUGGAAAAGAAAUGGUAGGUCUUGGGAAAUUGCUUGGAAGUUUAAAGCCGAACAACCGCAAAGUUUGGUCUCUGCAACUUGGUCUGUUGAAGGACCUUUUGCAACUGCUGCUUAUCAGAGUAAAUGGCUGAUUGAAGGUUUGUUGACUAAGGAGGCUAGCAAAUGCGUGUUAGUAUGCCAGCGAGAUGGCAAAUCUGAGUUUAUUAAAUCUGAGCUACAACAUCCUCGUCCCGUCUCAAUGAUUCAAUGGAGGCCAUUAACAGGAAUACCUUUAAGCAGAGAUGCAAAACAUCCAUCAAGGCAUGUGCUACUCACUUGUUGCUUAGAUGGAACUGUCAGGUUAUGGUGCGAGGUUGAUGAUGGACGGGCAAGAAAAGUUUCUAAGGACAUUAAUGAUCACAAAACCACAAGGUGGUCAUUUUCUGUAGCCGCUGUAAUCGAGAUAAACCAGGCACUGAAUGGCAUUUUGGGCAUUGAUAUUUAUGUUACGUGGGUGAUAGAAACUGGGGGUGUAUACAAAACUAGUGCGAGGGCUAAACAAUUAUUCUCUGCAAAAGGUUAUGAACAUGACCAGGUUGGUAAUUGUGAGUGGUUAGUUGGGUUUGGUCCUGGAAUGCUAGUGAAGUUUUGGGCUUUACACUGUCUCGAUGAUGUCUCCCCAGUAAGAUUUCCCCGGGUUACAUUAUGGAAGACACAAGAACUACAAGUCCUGGAACGUGGAGAUGUUCAUAGGACUGGACUUUCAAAUUUUAAAGAUAGAAUACCACUUAAUAAAGUUGUUAUCUCGAGGAACUGCUUGUCUGGUCCACCAGAAGUCUGCUCUUUGAUUCAGUUGUUACCUUGCAAUUCAUUGGUUUGGACACUGUUGUAUACUCAAACAUCAAAUAAUGUAGGGGAUCUUUCGCUUAAUAAACCUGGUACGGAGAACACUUUAUCAUGUUCAGCUGGUGGGCUCUUGAAUUUGGAUGGUCAUGCUGGAAGAAUCUUACAAGUGGCAGUACAUCCUUAUAGUUGUGAGCUUGAACUUGCUGUCUCCUUAGAUUCUGAUGGAUUGCUUCUUUUUUGGUUUUUCUCUACCAUUUCCAACCAUAUCUUGGGCCGUCCAACACUAAUUCCAACGUGGGAAAUCCGUGGGAAGCUUGCAACUCAAAGUUCAUGUUCCAGAUAUACAAGUGUGCGGUGGGCACCGUCAAUAGUAAAUGAAGUAGCUGUUCUUCUUAUGGGACAUGCUGGAGGAAUUGAUUGCUUUAUUGUAAAAAUUCAUCAGGAUGAGGAACAAAUUAUAGAAUGUCACUACUUAUGCACUAUACCUUUUACAGGUCAUGGUCCUUAUGAGGAUGGGCCCAACAGUAUCUCUGCAAUUCCUUUGCCUCCAACUUGUCAUGAAAUUCAAAGAUGUAGUAAAUUUAUGCUUAUAGGUGUAUGGAUGAAUGGGUUUGAAGCUCUUUCAUGGGAAAUCACCUUACAUACUUUUGAUCUAUCUGGAGGUUACUGUGACUGUGAUUUUGAGACUGGAUAUGGUCCUGACAGUAUGUGGGGAUUUGAAGGUACUUUCGCCAGUAUAAGAUAUUGUCUAAAAGUAAAUGCUUGCUCAUCGCAGAUACCUGAUCCAUACAUCCAUGAUGAGGUUACAAGUUUUGCUCUGGUCUGUCCAGGUAGUAUGAUGCGUAUUGAAAAGAAAUUGGGUCCUACUAUUGAUCAAUGCUCUAGUUGUCCUGCUUAUUUAAUGGCGACAGGCUGCUCAGAUGGUACUGUGAAGUUGUGGAGGAGUAGAAUUGAUAAACUAUCAAAUCCUAACAUUCCGUGGGAGCUUGUGGGAAUGUUUUUGGCACAUAAAGGCCCUAUUAGCACUGUAUGCUUGUCUGACUGUGGUCGGAAGAUUGCAACCAUCUGCAAGGAUUUUUCUUCUAAUACUGUUGGCACUCUUCAUAUAUGGAGUCCUAUACAUCUUGCAGGUGCAGGGUCUUUUAUGUUAGAAGAUACAUUAUCCUUUGAUCAAGAACUUGUUGCUCUGAAGUGGCUGCCUUUGGGAAAUGGUCAGUUACUACUUGGAGUUUGUACACUGCGUCAGUUGCGAGUAUAUUCUAUUGGGCGUUGUGGUGGUCAGGCUCUGUUAAACCCCGAAAAAUCAGUGAAAAAGAACAUCUGGGUUUGCAUUGCCUCUACUCAUACUUUCCCUCACAUUUGUGACUUCUUUUGGGGACCCAGAGCAACAGCCGUCUUUAUUCAUAAGAGUUACUUCUGUAUAAAUAGUCAGUGGUUGUUCCUUGUAGAUAAGAAACAUCUUGCUGAUAGUCAGUCAAAUGACAUGGCAGAAAGUUGCAUGCAUUCUGUGGGUGGAAUGAAAGAAGACACUAUUUCUGCAAUAUUCUUUGAUUGUGAACUUCAACAAUUUGAUAAAACAUUACUUAACGAGAGUAGAAGAGAUUGCAAGUCUGGUACACCAUUCAAGACUGAUUUGAAAAAGGACUAUCUAUCUAGCAGCUUGUUUGUAGCGAGCUCUCAACUGGAUUGCGCUUGGGGUACUAAGCUAGGUUUAUGGUCAAUGCUUGAAGUGCUGGAGAAGUUAAGUGGAUCUCUGCCGGUUUAUCACCCAGAGGCCCUCUUUAUGAAUAUCUAUUCAGGAAACUGGAAGCGCGCGUAUAUUGCAUUGAGGCAUCUUAAUGAUUUUCUCUCUUCUGCUUCUUCAUCUGGGAGCAAGCAUUACCCUUCAAAGUCUAGCAGUUUUGUUCCACAGAUUUUGUUGUCAACAUUUCUUGAUGGGAUUAUCUCAAAUGAUUCAAAUGUUAAAGGAUUUCAAUGGAGUGGUGAUGCAGUCACUUCAUCUUCUCAGUUGCAGAGAGACUUUGGCCAGUUUACAUACAGUUUGGACUCUCAUGCUUCCAAUAAUUUGUUCAGUUCAUCUUCAACAAAAUAUGGACUUGUUGAUUUUGUUGAUCAUCUAGAGAAGUUGUAUGAAUUAGCAGCUCUAACCAACACUGAGAGGAUGCAGAUUCUUGCUAUUUUUGAUCUUCUCAAUGAAAUGACUAAUUCAAACUCUGGUUCUCCAUAUGAAAGUCUGGACGAACCUGGACGGAGGUUCUGGAUUGCAUUGAGGUUUCAGCAACUACAUUUUUUCCGGAAGUUUGGUAAAUCAGUAUCCGUGGAGGAAUUGGUUGUUGACUCUAAGUUGAUUGUAUGGGCCUACCACUCUGAUUGCCAGGAAAAUUUGUUUGGAUCUUUCCUACCCAAUGAACCAUCUUGGCAAGAAAUGCGGAAUUUGGGUGUAGGAUUUUGGUUUACAAAUACAGCACAAUUGCGAUCAAGGAUGGAAAAACUAGCAAGGUUGCAAUAUCUGAAGAGGAAGGAUCCUAAGGAUUGUGCAUUGCUGUAUAUUGCACUGAAUAGAAUUCAAGUUCUAUCAGGACUUUUCAAAAUUAGCAAGGAUGAGAAGGACAAGCCUUUAGUCGCGUUUCUUUCACGCAAUUUUCAGGAAGAGAAAAACAAGGCAGCUGCCUUGAAGAACGCAUAUGUCUUGAUGGGUAGGCAUCAACUGGAGUUGGCUGUUGCUUUCUUUCUGCUUGGAGGUGAUACUUCUUCUGCUGUCAGUAUUUGUGCAAAGAACCUUGGGGACGAACAGCUUGCAGUUGUAAUUUGCCGGCUUACUGAAGGGCGAGGUGGACCAUUAGAGAGACACUUGAUUUCGAAGUCUCUAUUACCAUUUGCAACUGAAAGGGGUGACUCCUGGUUAGCUAGCCUUCUGGAGUGGGAGCUGGGGAACUACUGUCAAUCUUUUAUAAGGAUGCUUGGACUCCAGAUAAAUUCUGCAACUGAGAUGUAUGCGACUUUGUCCAAUGGUGGUGCUUUUUCAGACCCAAAUGUUGGUCUGUAUUGUCUAUUGCUAACAACCAAGAACAGCAUGAGGAAUGCUGUAGGGGAGCGAAAUACUGCAAUCCUCAGUAGGUGGGCAGUAUUUAUGACAGCUACUGCCUUAAAAAGAUGUGGACUUCCAAUCGAAGCUUUGGAGUACCUUUCAUCUGCCACAACCAUUUUUGGAGACACCGAUCAAGGGACUGUAGCAGACAUCGGGGAUUUUGAGAAGCUACAUGGAAUUCUGAAUCCUUCUCCAAAGAAUUCUUCAAAUUGGUUAUCAAGUAAUGUGGUAUCCCAUCUGGAGUUCCAUGCCAGAUUAGAUUUGGCACUUCAAUACUUAUCAACGUUGGUAAGAGAGCAUCCAAGUUGGCCAGACACUGUUGGUGCAUCUUCCAGAGCUAUUUCACAUAUAAAUGAGUGCGAGAAUCAUGAACAUGUAAAAGUUCUUCAGACUUUCCGCCAGAAAUUAUAUGCAGCAGUUCAUCAUUUGGAGCAGAAGUUUUCAGUUGUUCCUUUUCAUCUGAUCAGCAUGGCUACCAGAGAAACUUCCCUUUUAUGUUCACGCGUUAUUGCUGCCUGCAGCAUAACUUUCUCUAAACUGAAGCCAGAUUGUUUAGAAAAAAAUAUGUCUGGUGAUAUUGGACGUGCAUGCUCAAAUGCUUGGGAGUAUUACUUUCAAGGUCUUAUACUGUCAAUUCGGAGUUUAAGGAGUGCUUUGCAAAUUAUUUCUGUCUCGUCUACUGAAGACCUCAUCAUGAAACCCCUUGUCAUCAUUGAUUGGAUUGAGUAUUAUGUACAGUUUGCUUAUGCAUGGCUUCAAAACAACUCAAAUGUUCUCAUCCUAUUGAUGCAACCGCUGCUGAUCACAUUUACCAAUGGGCAUACACCUUAUGAAGUUGAUUUGCUUGAUCUGAAGAAAAUCCUCCUUCAGAUUGCAGAAUCGGUGCCCCAAAAUUCUUUGAUUGAUAAUGUAUGCACAGGCCUUCAGGGCUCUCAGGGUACUGAUGUAGAACAUUUAAUUCCACAAGAUGAAAGGUGGCAAAUCGUAGGGGUUUGUUUAUGGCAACACAUAUCCAGACUCAUGAAACAUAAGUCAGGUAUGUUAUCUAAUAAACUUGAUGACAGCUGUAUUUCUGGUAUUCCCCAUGGAAAAAAAUUCUCAUGGAUGCCUUGCUCUGAAAAUUUGGGUCCUGAUGACAACAGAGUAGAAGAACUGACUGGGUUGGUUUCAUUGUCCAUGGUUAAGUUAUUGAAGACCACACUUGCACAUGUUUCUUCUUAUCAUGUGAAGCGUCUAGUAUCACAUCUGCAGCAUAAGAUGGAUAAUGGGAUGCAUGUAAUGACUCUUGUUUGGUUAGAAGAUUAUAAGCAGUCUCAGACAAGAGGCCUCAAUCAGCAUUUGAAUCAGGAGAUGCUCAAAUUGGAGACAUUAGGUGAAAAGCAUGGAUCUGACAUAUUAUGGGAUACCUGUGCAGAUCCUAAAAUAAUAUCUGAGAGUUUCGCUCAGGAAAAAGUAAACUGGUUUCAGUCGCUUGAUCAUAAACCGUCUAAAGGAUGGAAUAACAUAUGUAGAGGCAUCACUACUGUAGAUGAGACCGAGGAAACUCAUAAUCGUGAACUUACACCUAAGAGUACUUCUGCCAGUAGCAGUGAAGCUGGAUUACCUUCUAGAAGUCUAUUUCGCAGUGGCCACUCCUUCCUUAGCGGAUGGCAGAAAGAUACAACCCUUACGAAGGAGAUCUCGCCUUUCCUGAACCCAAAAGAAAUAUAUAAGAGAAAUGGGGAGCUUUUGGAGGCAUUAUGUCUCAACUCUGUUAAUCAGAAACAAGCUGCUAUUGCAAGCAACCGAAAGGGCAUCCUAUUUUUUAAUUGGAAAGAUGAUAUGCAUGAUAGAGAUCAUUCAGACUUUGUCUGGUCAGAGGCUGAUUGGCCACUGAACGGGUGGGCUGGUUCUGAAUCAACCCCAGCCCCAACAUUUGUGUCUCCUGGUGUUGGUCUUGGAAUUAAAAAAGGAUCACACCUUGGACUGGGUGGAGCAACUGUUGGUGUGGGUUCUUUAGCAAGGUCGGCAAGAGACUUGACAGUUGGAGGAGCAUUUGGGAAUCAAGGAUAUCCUGGAAUGGCUGUGUCUGGUUUAGGUUGGGAGACUCGUGAGGACUUUGAGGAGGUUGUUGACCCACCACCUACUGUUGAGAAUGCAAACACAAGGGUUUUUUCCAGUCACCCAUCCCGACCUUUCUUCUUAGUUGGUUCCAGCAAUACACACAUUUACUUAUGGGAGUUUGGCAAGGACAAAGCUACUGCAACUUACGGAGUUCUGCCUGCUGCAAGCGUCCCUCCACCUUAUGCUCUUGCAUCGAUAUCUGCUUUGCAGUUUGAUCACUGUGGACACAGAUUUGCUACCGCUGCCUUAGAUGGAACUGUAUGCACAUGGCAGCUGGAGGUGGGAGGAAGGAGUAAUAUUCGGCCUACAGAAUCAUCUCUGUGCUUUAACAGUCAUGCAUCGGAUGUUGCUUAUGUCACAUCGAGUGGAUCAAUCAUUGCUGUGGCUGGAUAUAGCUCCAGUAGUGUUAAUGUGGUCAUAUGGGAUACAUUGGCUCCACCUACUACCUCACGAGCUUCCAUUAUUUGUCAUGAAGGUGGUGCGCGCUCGCUUUCUGUGUUCGACAAUGACAUAGGAAGCGGAUCUAUUUCACCCCUGAUUGUGACUGGUGGUAAAGGUGGUGAUGUUGGACUUCACGACUUCCGGUAUAUUGCUACUGGAAGGAGUAAAAGGCACAGGCAUACUGAUAAAGGUGAACAAGCUGUGAAGACAUCAUCAAAUAUUGACCAUCAUUCUGGGGAUGGUAACAGAUUUGGGGAACAAAAUCAGAAUGGGAUGCUAUGGUAUAUACCAAAGGCUCACUCAGGGAGUGUCACCAAGAUAUCCACAAUUCCAAAUACCAGUUUGUUCUUAACGGGAAGCAAAGAUGGAGAUGUUAAGCUUUGGGAUGCCAAGAGAGCUAAGUUGGUAUAUCACUGGCCAAAAUUGCAUGAAAGGCACACGUUUUUGCAACCAAGCUCUCGAGGUUUUGGUGGAGUAGUUCAGGCUGCUGUCACAGACAUAAAAGUUGUUUCAGAAGGUUUUCUUACAUGCGGUGGAGAUGGAACUGUAAAGCUGGUUCACCUUAAAGACCACCAAUAUUAGAAAUGAUGAAGUUGGUCACGAGCUACAUACAAGCAUGGCACCACUGCAGAAAGAAUUGCAUUUUGAUAAACCGUACAACAAGUUUUAGUUCAAACAAAGUGCGAGAUGCAUCCCGUAUUGGUCAAUUCUUUCUGGUCUCUGGCACAUGUAUAAACCGAGUGGACAUUUCAGAUGCCUACUGCUUGUAUACAAAAAGAUUGAAGUGAGACUCUUUGUUAUACAGCACAAGAAACUCAGGUUGAAGCAAGGGAGAGAUACAUCUCAUUGGUCCAUUGUUUCUGGUCACCAGAAAUUGCAGACCCAGUGGACAUAUCAGAUUCCUACUGCUUGUAUCCAAUUAGGUUCGAGCUUGGAGGUCCCCGAACCCUGAUAUACCUAUUUCGAAUGGCAAAAAAGUUGUCUUUGGCUUGAAAGUUUUGUCCCAUACGAUACGAUAGAAAAAAGAAUUGUGAUUGCGUGCUUCUUCAGACUGUUACUUUAAAGCUUGGAGAGAAAUUUUAUCAAUCAACUUUGUUGGAACGCAGGGAUGAUUGAAUGUCUGCGGUUAAUGCCUCUACAGCUCUCCUAUUUACUUUGAUGAGCUAAAGCACCAAGAAGAUUAUCCAAAUUUCCUGUAUAGUUUUCUUGUUCUUUUAGACAAUGUGUAUAAUUCACGUUUUUACUGUCAAAUACUGGAUUCUUAAUAGCUUUUGUAUAUUAGAACUUUAGAAGUUUAGAAUCUGUAUAGCGAUUUUCUUCAAAUAUAAAUGAAUUUUGAAUUUCUUUUCUG